GAACGUGAGCCUCUUCCUCAGUUCCUCCUCGCCGUUUACCUCUUCUCGGACAAGGCAAAACGAGCGGCUAGCGAGCGCAUCGAUGGAUCUCUUCGAGGCGCAGAGCAAGGUGAUCUCGAGCGAUCGGUCCGAGGUCGGAUCCAUGAAGAAUUUGGAGGAUGGUGCUCCAGAUUUCGCCCUCAAUGGCUCCGCUGCCGAGACUUGCGUCAGGAACUUUCCGAUGAUGGUGCCAAAGCAAAAACCACCAGCAGCCUCGCAGUUCAUCAUGUUUUAUGGCGGAUCCGUCAAUGUAUAUGACGCUGUCUCUCCAGAAAAAGCACAAGCUAUCAUGCUCAUUGCUGCAGCCACAGCAGUGGCCUCAAGGGCUUCUGCCAAUAAAGCUGCUUCUGCGUCUGCUUGCACAACAGCCCCAGCCGUAGUUGGUCCUGGUGCUGUUAUUACAUCUGCACCAUCACCGGCUGCACCAGUGCUCACAAGAAGUCUGUCAUUUCUCAGCUCUUCAGCUUCAGCAGAAGGUGUUCUAGUGAAACAACCUCAGCUUACUUUUAAUUCGAGCAGUUCGCUCAGCAAGCUGCAAGAUGAGCUCCCUAUUGCCAGGAGGCACUCACUUCAGCGCUUCUUGGAGAAGCGUCGUGACAGGGUGGUGAGCAAAGGCCCUUAUACUAAAUCGAUGCCUAAGGACACAGCAGAAGUGGCUUCUGAAGGACAGCCUCAGCUCAUAUGACCACUUUCAAAUCCAUGUCUACCUCCAACUGGUGUUUAUAUUGUUGUAACCUGCUGCUGCUGUUUUUAGUCUAUCGAAGAACUGUGAAUUCCUGCCGUUUCAGUUUGUUGUCUUAUUGCUACCGAAAGGCGUAACGUUGUGCUAAAGCUUCUUCAAAACUCGGGUAUAUUAAUUUGCCCCCUGAACCUUUUAUGUUGUAAAAUAAAACAAUAUCAAUGUCAUUUGCUUGUGGAACAUUCUGUUCAUUUGGAGUUGGGAGUUCAGUUUGAGAUCUAUAGUUUGUGAUUUGUUGCUAUAAAAUUAGACGAAUAUUUAAAUGCAUUUGGGAUGGUGUUUAAAUCA